AAAUGGGUAAUUGUAUAUUAUGUGACUUACAUAUCAAUAAAUUUGUUACCCAAAGAAUAUAAAUAUGAUCUGUAUCACUGUGCUUUUCGCAGUGUCUCUCCUCGUAACGGUCCUAGACGAAAGGUGAGGUGACUACUCCCAUUUUACAGAUUUGGAGAUUGAGGGUUAGAGAGAGUAUUUUGCCAGAGUCACACAGCUUCUUGUCUAGAGAAAAUAUAGAGAUAAGGAGGAGAGUGGGACAAAUAUUAUUUCCCUUUUCUGUUCCUCCAGGAAGAGAGAUGCCUUUUAAUUCAAAUCAGUGUGUAUCCUGACAAAGAUACAUAUUCUGUGAAAAUCUUUGCUAACAAGUAGAAAAUUUAAUUUUGCAAAAUUUAAUAUUGCAAAGCAAGAAAGAAAAAUAAUUAAGCAAGGACCAAGAAACUAGUGGAGAUAACAUGAAUGAUGCCUUUCUUUGUUUUUUGCACGUGUGUGCAUAGCAUGUGCAGAAGUGAUAGCAAGAGAGCAAGGCAAAUACCUGAGAACAGAGUGGGCUGGAAAAUAUGAGUAAAAUUGUUACCUCUUAUCUUAGACUUCUGUGUGGUUGAGCUUAUUUUUGCCGUAAUAACAAUUUCUAAGGGAUGAAGAAGAAAUCCUUUUGAGUUUUGUUUCCCCAAGUUAUAUAUAGAUACUAAAGUGAAAUAAUAAGUCCAAUUUAUUCUUUGAAGUGUAGUUAAUAUGUAACCAAACUCUUCAGCACAGUUGUAUACCCAGGGCUAACGCCUUUAUUUAUACACCUAGUGGGUAGGGGGUGGGUGGAGGUUCCUUACCAGCUGACGCUGUCAAAACAGGAAACAAAGUAAUAAUCUCUCUGUAGUAGAUCAGGAACAUUCAGAGGCCCAUAGUUGUGACAAUUAAAAAAAAAAAAUUAAAAAAACAACAACCCAAUAACAACAAAAAAACUACCUAAGGAGUUUUCACUGGCUGCAAAGUGUAACUUCCUGUCGGGUAUUCAGAGGAGGUUGGGUUGGGUUUAGUCAGAUCCUUUCGUGGGAAAAAUAAAAGCUGCUCAAAAAACAGGACAUCCCAGUGUGCAGUUCGCAGGCUGCUUUUGUUGUCCACUUCCUCUGCAUCUUUUUCCUCGUUAUCUAAGCAGAUGUAGGUGAUGAGCGGGCCGGCAGCCACCACGUUUCGCUUGAAAAAGUGCAGGUUUGAUUUGCCAGGGCAUGCGGCUCUCCAGGCUUGCAAGCGAUCACCAGAUGAACACAAUGACGUGCAGAAGAAAACCUUUACCAAAUGGAUAAAUGCUCGAUUUUCAAAGAGUGGGAAACCACCCAUCAAUGAUAUGUUCACAGACCUCAAAGAUGGAAGGAAGCUAUUGGAUCUUCUAGAAGGCCUCACAGGAACAUCACUGCCAAAGGAACGUGGUUCCACAAGAGUCCAUGCCUUAAAUAACGUCAACAGAGUGCUUCAGGUUUUACAUCAGAAUAAUGUGGAACUAGUAAAUAUAGGAGGCACUGACAUUGUAGAUGGAAACCACAAACUGACUUUGGGAUUACUUUGGAGCAUCAUUUUGCACUGGCAGGUAAAAGAUGUCAUGAAGGACGUCAUGUCGGACCUGCAGCAGACGAACAGCGAGAAGAUCCUGCUGAGCUGGGUGCGCCAGACCACCAGGCCGUACAGCCAAGUCAACGUGCUCAACUUCACCACCAGCUGGACGGACGGGCUGGCCUUUAAUGCCGUGCUCCACCGCCAUAAACCUGAUCUCUUCAGCUGGGAUAAAGUUGUCAAAAUGUCCCCAAUAGAGAGACUUGAACAUGCCUUCAGCAAGGCUCAGACUUACUUGGGAAUUGAAAAGCUGUUAGAUCCUGAAGAUGUUGCUGUUCAGCUUCCUGACAAGAAAUCCAUAAUUAUGUAUUUAACGUCUCUGUUUGAGGUGCUACCUCAGCAAGUCACUAUAGAUGCCAUCCGUGAGGUAGAGACACUCCCAAGGAAAUACAAGAAAGAAUGUGAAGAAGAAGAAAUUAAUAUACAGAGCACAGCUCCCGAGGAGGAACGUGGGAGUCCCAGAGCUGAAACCCCCAGCACUGUCACCGAGGUGGACAUGGAUCUGGACAGUUAUCAGAUAGCGCUGGAGGAAGUGCUGACCUGGCUGCUUUCUGCCGAGGACACUUUCCAGGAGCAAGAUGACAUUUCUGAUGAUGUUGAAGAAGUCAAAGACCAGUUUGCAACCCAUGAAGCUUUUAUGAUGGAGCUAACUGCACACCAGAGCAGCGUGGGAAGCGUCCUGCAGGCGGGUAACCAGCUGAUAACACAAGGGACUCUGUCAGAUGAAGAGGAGUUUGAAAUUCAGGAACAAAUGACCCUGCUGAAUGCUAGAUGGGAAGCGCUUAGGGUGGAGAGUAUGGACAGACAGUCUCGGUUGCACGACGUGCUGAUGGAACUGCAGAAGCUGCAGCUGCAGCAGCUCUCUGCCUGGUUAACACUCACGGAGGAACGCAUUCAGAAGAUGGAAACUUGCCCCCUGGAUGAUGAUUUAAAUGCCCUGCAAAAGCUGCUAGAAGAACAUAAAAGUUUGCAAAAUGAUCUUGAGGCUGAACAGGUGAAAGUGAAUUCAUUAACUCACAUGGUGGUAAUUGUGGAUGAAAACAGUGGUGAGAGUGCUACAGCUGUUCUAGAAGAUCAGUUACAGAAACUUGGGGAGCGCUGGACGGCGGUGUGCCGUUGGACUGAAGAACGCUGGAACAGAUUACAGGAAAUCAACAUAUUGUGGCAGGAAUUAUUGGAAGAACAGUGCUUGUUAAAGGCUUGGUUAACCGAAAAAGAAGAGGCUUUAAAUAAAGUCCAGACAAGCAACUUCAAAGACCAAAAGGAACUAAGUGUCAGCGUUCGACGUCUGGCUAUUUUGAAGGAAGACAUGGAAAUGAAGCGUCAAACAUUGGAUCAGCUGAGUGAGAUUGGCCAAGAUGUGAGUCAGUUACUUGAUAACCCCAGGGCAUCUAAGAAGAUCAACAGUGACUCAGAGGAACUAACUCAAAGAUGGGAUUCUUUGGUUCAGAGACUGGAAGAUUCAUCCAACCAGGUGACUCAGGCAGUAGCAAAGCUGGGAAUGUCUCAGAUUCCUCAGAAGGAUCUUUUGGAGACUGUUCGCGUAAGAGAACAAGUAACUACAAAAAAGUCUAAGCAGGAGCUCCCUCCUCCUCCUCCUCCAAAGAAGAGACAGAUCCAUGUGGAUAUGGAAGCUAAGAAAAAGUUUGAUGCUGUAAGUGCAGAGCUGUUGAACUGGAUUUUGAAAUCAAAGACUGCCAUUCAUACCAUAGAGAUAAAAGAGUAUAAGAAGAUGCAAGAGACCUCAGAAGUGAAAAAGAAGCUGAAGGCAUUAGAAAAAGAACAGACAGAAAGAAUCCCCAGACUGGAUGAAUUGAAACAAACUGGACAAACCCUUGUGGAGCAAAUGGGAAAAGAAGGUAUUCCUACAGAAGAAAUCAAAAAUGUUCUGGAGAAGGUUUUAUCAGAAUGGAAGAAUGUAUCUCAGCGUUUGGAAGAUCUGGCAAGAAAGGUUCAGCUACAGGAAGAUAUAAAUGCUUAUUUUAAGCACCUUGAAGAGCUUGAAAAGGUCAUAAAGACAAAGGAGGAGUGGGUGAAACACACUCCCUUUUCUGAAUCUCCCCAGCAGUCCUUGACAAGUUUGAAGGAUUCCUGUCAGCGGGAAUUGACAGAUCUCCUUGGCCUCAACCCCAGAAUUGAAAUGGCUCGUGAAAGCUGCUUGGCCCUGAAGUGUCGGCCUUCUGCUCCAGAUUUUGUCCAGCAAGGCUUUGAUAGAUUUCUGGGCCGUUACCAAGCUGUACAACGGGCUUUAGAGGAUCGUCAGCAACAGCUAGAGAAUGCAGAACUGAAGAGCCAACCUGGACAUGAAUAUUUGGAAACAUUGAAAACACUGAAAGACAUGUUAAGUGAUUCAGAAAGUAAGGCCCAGACAUCUCUGAAUGUCCUUAAUGAUCUUGCCAAGGUAGAGAAGGCCCUGCAAGAAAAAAAGGCCCUUGAUGAAAUCCUUGAGAGUCAAAAACCUACAUUAUAUAAACUUGCACAAGAAACCAAGGCUUUGGAGAAAAACGUUCCUCCUGGAGUAGAAAAAACGUAUAAGCAAGAAUUUGAUGAUGUCCAAGGAAAGUGGAACAAACUAAAGGUCAUGGUUUCCAAAGAUCUGCAUUUGCUUGAAGAAAUUACUCCCAAACUCAGAAUGUUUGAGGCUGAUUCAAAAGUCAUUGAGAAAUGUAUGGAUGGUGUGAAAGCCUUCUUAAUGAAAGAGCCGGCUGCCCAGGGAGACGCAGCAGGUCUGCAGAGGCAGCUAGACCAGUGCUCUGCAUUUGUUAAUGAAAUAGAAACAGUUGAAUCAUCUCUGAAAAACAUGAAAGAAAUAGAAGCUAACCUUCGAAGCUGUCCAAUUGCUGGAAUCAAAACUUGGGUGCAGACAAGACUAGUUGACUACCAAACCCAACUGGAGAAAUUUAGCAAGGAGAUUGCUAUUCAAAAAAGUAGGUUGUCUGAAAGUCAGGAAAAAGCAGUGAACCUGAAGAAAGACUUGGCGGAGAUGCAGGAGUGGAUGACACAGGCUGAGGAAGAGUACCUGGAGAGGGAUUUUGAGUACAAGUCACCAGAAGAGCUUGAGAGUGCUGUGGAAGAAAUGAAGAGGGCAAAGGAGGAUGUGUUGCAGAAGGAGGUGAGGGUGAAGAUUCUCAAAGACAACAUCAAGUUGUUAGCUGCCAAAGUGCCCUCUGGUGGCCAGGAGUUGACGUCUGAGCUGAAUGUCGUGCUGGAGAAUUACCAACUUCUUUGUAACAGAAUUCGAGGAAAGUGCCACACGCUAGAGGUAUGUUGUUUUUUUUUUUUUUCAGCAAUGCCUUUCUGAGAUGCAAGUUCUAUAAUGUACUGACCAUUUCUAAAUCUUGGAAAAAACUUUGUUUUCUUUCAAAUACUGGAUCAUAAAGGAAAAGUAGUUCGUAGGGAAUAGAUUGAUAAAAAACGAAACACGGUUCAAAAAAACAGGAGACUAAGAUCUGUCCCCAGUUAUUGGAAAUUUCUUGGGCAAGUCUUUUAAUAUCUUCAGACUUUACUUUUUUAAUGUAUGCAAUCAGGGUUUUCAUGUUACACAUGACCUUCUUCUGAAUUUCUGAAGACAUUGUAAGCAUCUCCUUUGUUUUGCCUGAUUGAGUACACAGAAAUGAAUUGAAGUUUUUUGUUUUGUUUCUUUAAAUUUUAAAUGGUGUCUAAAGUUAGAGAGUCAUCUGAAGGAAAAGUAGAACUUAAAUAUGCUGAUAUUUUGCUUUGCCUUAGAUAAAGUACCUUUUUUUUCUCUCUGGACAUUAGAUUUAAGAUGCAGAUGACUCUGUGAGGUUUUUCUUUU